AUGAUAUGGGCACUGGGCAGUGAUGGUUUUUUAGUUUCAGACAACAUUUCAACCGGGACAAACAAAUAUGCAAAAGGUGAACACGGAUUGAAAUCAAGCACGACGAUCGCAGAAGGACGAAGCACUCCAACCUCCCACUUCUUAAUAAAUCAUGUCUCACAACCGCUGAGUUGCAGCGGGGGAGCUUGCCAGUUUUCUGCACGUUCCAUUAAUUUCGAUAAAUUGGAAAAGUUUGUUUUCCUUCAAAAUGGCUCCCAAAAUAAGAUAUUAAAAAUAAAAUUGGAAUUGAAAGUGAAGUUAAAAUGGUACCUUGCGAAGGAUGUAACCUAA